AUGUCUCGAACGUUGCAGCGCCCGCAGCUGCUGCUGCGGCUGCUGCUGCUGCUGUUGCUGCUGGCAGCAGCAGCAGCAGGAAGCUGGCUUUUUGCUGCUGCAUCAGAAGACAUGACUGAAGACUGGGAAGACAGCUCAGACUCAGCAGCAGCAGCAGCAGCAGCAGCAGCAGCAGCAGCAGCAGCAGCAGCUCCACCGGCAGCAGCAGAGGCAGAAGCAAAAGGUGCAGCGCGAGCUGCAGCAGCACAUGCGGCUGAAGAUGCAGCAGCAGCAGGACAAUCAGCAGCAGAAGCAAACUCAGAACUGCUUGCUGAGAAAGAUGCAGCAGCAGCAGCAGCAGCAGCAGCAGGUUCAGACGCAGCAGCAGCAGAAGCGGACGCUGCAGCAAAGCCAAGGGAUGGAGCAGCAGCAAACGAAUUUCCAGCAGCAGCAGCAGCAGCAGCAACAGAUGAAGCAGACUUAAGAGGAGCAGCAGCAGUUGCAGAGCCUCCAGAAACAGCAGCAGCAGCAGCAGAAGCGGGCGCAGCAGCAGCAGCAGCAGCAGCAGACUCCGAAGCAGCAGCAGCGGUGGAAGAGCGUGAAGAAGCAGCAGCAGCAGCAGCAACGGAAUCGACAGCAGCAACAGAACAGGAGCACGAGUCCACAGCAGGGACGAAGUCGUGGGAAGAAGAAGCAGCAGCAGCAGCAGCAGCAGCAGCAGAAUCAACUGCAGCAGCACUUGCUGAUGCUUCCGAAUAUGAAAGGCUGCUGACAGAGGGGGCCCCGCCGCUGUACCUGGCUGAGGGCCCCACAGCAGCAGCAGCAGCAGCAGCAGCAGCAGCAGCAGCAGAGCAGGACUCGGGGUCUGGGGGGGGCAGCGCAACAGCAGCAGCAGCAGCAGCAGCAGCAGCAGCAGCAGCAGCAGCAGCGUCGCCGUCUGUCUUCCAACCUUCUCUUGCUGCUCUCAAGGAACACCACGCAGCAGCAGACGCAGAAGCUGCUGCUGCUCGUCUUGCUGCUGUUGCUGCAGCAGCAAAGAAGCUGCUGCUGGAAGAAGCAGCAGCAAAGCGCACAGACACGCGGGGGCUGCGCAGGCAGCACGCGCUGCAGCUGGACAAAAGGGCUCUCGACGAGGAGCUGGAGAAGCACAAGACGACAGUGACCCUCUUUGCUGCUCGGCUGGCCCACAUUCGCCAGCGCUUAGCAGCAGACUCGAAAGCUGUCAGCAAAUUGGGAGAUCUUUUCACUGCGAGAGCAGCAGCAGCAGUGGACCUCGUCAACAACCAGUUCGGUCCGUUUGAGGCGAAGCUGCGGGAGCUGGAGCAGACGGUGGACUCUUUGCUGGCGGAAGGGAGCGGGCCGGUGUCUUUGCUGCUGUCGCGGUACCGGGGGGAGCUGCGUGCUGCUGCUGCUGCUGCGCUGCAGCAAGCGGACGCAGCAGUGGAGGCCGUGCUGCAGCAAGUUGCUGCCAGCAGCUCGCAGCUGGACCUGCUGCUGCAGCUCGCGGAAGAAGGCCGCGCAUGCACUGCAGCAGAACUCUCGAGAUCUCGAGAAGUCUUGGGAGAAAGUUUGCUGCUGUUCAAGCUGCUGGCGCGGCAGCAGCUGCUGCUGCUGGCGCAGCAGCAGCAGCACAGCGCGCUGCAGGAAGCAGAACUCUUCGUGGAAAAGCUGCAAGACAUGCAUUUGAAAGAGCACGUGCUGCAGCAAACUGUCGACAAGUUCUCCAAAGACAUCCAAGACUUCAAAUCCCGAAAAAAACUCAAAAGAGGACUCACUUUCCUCGACCUCAGCAGCAGCUUCGCGGGGCCCCAACCCCAAGCAGUCUGCAGCGUCUUAGUCCAUUUAAUCCGCCAAAAAAUCCCCCCCCAAGAAGUGGCAGUGCUCUUUAUAUAUGGGGUGGGGGCCCCCCCCCUCUCGGGGGCCCCCGGGGGCCCCCUGCUGCUGCCCCCGCCUUCUAUGCUGCGGGCUGCGCUGGGGGCCCUCAAGUUAAGGGCGGAUACUUACGGGCUUAGGGCCUCUUCUUACGGACUUGUCCGAAUAGAAGGCUCUUUAGUCGAAGUUUUCAGUUUUCCUUUUCUGGAAAACGAAAGGGUACUUCUGGACCCUUCUGCGGAACUCCGCGCGGGCUGGGGGCCCCAGGAAAUGGCCCAACACCUCGCAGAGAUCGUCAAGGAAGCGGGCCUUUCGGGGGGCCCCGGGGGGGCCCCCGCCCCCUUCCCGCUCGUGGUGUUCCUGGGAGUGGUCCAGGAAGACCAGACCAGACCACUGCCGUCCCUGGCCUUGGCCCGCAGCAGAACUAUGUUUGUAAGGCACUUAUUAGCUGCCAUAGAACCCCCCAACAAGCAGUUUGCUGCUGCUUGGGAGCGACUGCAGCAGCAAAUUCGCUUCAUAGAUGCAGCAGCAGCAGCAGCAAAAGAAGGCGCUGCUGCUGGCGAGGCCGUCCAGCUCGCCGUCCGCCGCCUCGACGUCGACAUCGUCUGCUUCGCCGCGCCCACGGGGGCCCCCCGGGGGGCCCCCCCCGGGGGCCCCCUCCCGGGGGCCCCCCCCGGGGGCCC